AUGGAGGCGUUCAUGGACGACGAAUCGGUCUGCACCGUGGCCAAGGACCUCGUCCCCAGAACGCCGACGGCCUUCCAGCUCGAGAACUUCGCCCCGGGCAAGAGGAUUCGCGUUACCGUCACCAUCGGCGAAGAAGAGGUUCGCGAGGCGCGCUUCACAUGCCCCAGUCGCGACCAGGACCAGUGGAAGAUCGCCACGGUUAGCUGCAACAACCACGCCCUCACUGAGAAGAUCAAGCUGUGGAAGCGCCUUACGAGGGUGAUCGGCGACGUGGACUGCAUCCUGCACCUGGGCGAUCAGGUCUACGGAGAUGUGGAGUUCGGCACCAAGGAGAGCGGAGAGGACUUCGAGUCUGCGUGGCACGCGUCUCUGACCCUGCUGGAGCCGUUGCAGAGGGAGGAUUGGGACAACCACCAGGAGGAAGUGCGCGAGUUUUACCGCGAAUGUUACCGCACGACAUGGAACAUGCCCUUUACAGCCAUCUGUCUCGCGAGCGCGGCUAACUACAUGAUCUGCGAUGAUCACGAGUUUACUGACGAUCUCGGAGACGAGCCGGACCACCACAACCCAUCCACCCUGGCGUUCUAUGUGGCCACGCUGGCCUACCAGGUCUACAACGAGUACCAGCAUCAGCUUCUCGAGGACUGCGACGUGACCGACCUCAGUAUCAAGCCCUACUACGCCUGCAAGCUCAGCCCCCGCGUAGGGCUCUUCAUGACCGACAAUCGUGUCGAGCGCAGCCUUCACAGGGCUCAGGGAACCAAGUCCUCGUGGGAGAACCGCACUUUCAUGGGACCAGCGCAGUGGGAUAGGGUGACUGAGGCCUUCGAAAACGACUUCGACUCGUGCGACGUGGUUUUGUUUGGCACUCCUACCCCUCUCGUCUUCCUGAGCCAGACGUACGUAUACUUGAAAUGUACAGGUGCUUUCGUUUUUUUGGGAUUCAUGUAUGUUUUUGCUGCUUUCUGUUUCGUCCUUUUUUAACGUUGGUCUGUGUUUCCUACGAUUUAUUUUUGCCCUAUAGUUCACCGUUGCCUUCAUCAUACAGUUGUUGUUAGUCGUCUUUUCUGCGACCACAGGAAUCGACCGCGUCGAGUGUUGUAUCAGUACGGACAUACGAAGGUACUGGGUGGGUGGGUGGAGAGAGAUCGGAACGGUCUUAAAUGUGAAGAUAACAACAACAAUCGUCUUUUCUAGGGCACAAGAAAUGGAGUGCUGUAUGCCCUAUUGUCUAUUUUUAGCGCUUCCUGUGCACCGUUUGCUUUUCUAGGGCACCACAAUUGCAGUCCUGUAUGCCUUUUGUCAAUUUUUUGUUCUGUUUUUUUUUACCUUUUGUUUUGAACGUAUCUUGUUCUCGCGCACGGGUGUUUGAAUGUAUCCGCUGUUCUGCCUGUUGUUGGUCGCCGUUGAUUGAUGUCAUUGCUGUUCGUGGUUGAUCCGCUCGGCGCAGGUUCACUGACGUCAUUUCUUUUUUUGGUCUUGUUUGUUUCU